AGCAGUGUGGAGUCAAUAUGGUCAUUUGAAACCAGAGAGCCGCUAAUCCUCUCCUGGAUUUAUACCCUGAAAACCACCUGAAAGCAGGUGCAAGUCUACCCAGUCUACCCAGUCUACCCAGUCUACCCAGUCUACCCAGUCUACCCAUCGGCCAGCAGCUACAUUCACUUCCUGCAAGAGUUUGUGUGCCGUAAAAAUAAUGAAGCGGACGUUUCUCACAGUCGGGAGUGGCCUCAAGGAAAGGAGUAUCGCCAUCAUCUCCUGUCUCAUAUUACUCGUCGUCAUCUUGACUUGUUUAUAUUUGAGAAUUUUAAUGAACAUCUCGCCUGUCGACUACCUGCUGGCGGCCACUGAAGGGUCGCCGAGACAGAGCAUCACAGACGACAGGCUCAACUUUGGAGCGAGACCGCAGGUUCAAACACGCACACUUUGGGAAGCUCCGAUCAUCUGGGAAGGGACGUUUGACGCCGACCUUUACGACCGAACGCACAUCCGAAACCAGUCCUCCGUGGCCCUCACCGUGUUUGCUGUGGGACGGUACCUGGACGCCUACCUCAAGACCUUCCUGACCUCGGCAGAAAAACAUUUCAUGUCGGGAUUACGCGUGACGUAUUACGUGUUCACGGAUCUCCCCGAUAGGAUGCCGGUCGUCGAGCUCGCUCCCCGUCGAAGCCUGAAGGUCAUCCAGGUGGCGAAGCACUCCAGGUGGCAGGACAUCUCCAUGAUGCGCAUGGACGCCAUAUCGAAGGUCAUCGACGCGGAGAUCCGUCACCACUUCACCUACGUCUUCUGCUUCGACGUGGAUCAGGAGUUCACGGGCCGGUUCGGCUCGGAGGCCCUGGGGGAUUCUGUGGCUCAACUCCACGCGUGGUAUUACAACCGCCCACAGAGCGCUUUCACCUACGACAGGAACCCCGAAUCCGAAGCCUUCAUGGACGCCGGAGAUUACUACUACCACGCGGCCAUCUUCGGGGGCGUGUGGGAGAAGGUGAAGGAUUUGGCGGAUCACUGCUUUCUGAAGAUCAUGGAGGACAAGUUGAACAACGUGGAGGCUCUCUGGCACGACGAGAGUCAUCUGAACAAAUACUUCUGGCUUCACAAACCGAGCAGGCUGCUCUCCCCCGAGUACUGCUGGGACCCGCAUAUCCAGGACAAAAGGGACAUAAACGUCACCCGCCUGAUGUGGGCUGAAAAACAUUAUGACUCACUUCGCACCGGGUAGAGUGGCUAGAAGGAGCUACCUUCCAACAGCUGGGAAGGUAAUGGGGAAAUAGCUUAAAUGCUAAACUCAACAUUGACUUUCAUCGCAUAAACAAUCAACAAACAAGAGUGAAGCCGGUGAAACCGUUUUGUUUUGUUGGUGUAAAUAUGAAAUAUGAUUUGAGAGACGUUUGUAAGUUUGAUGCUAACAAAAGCUCAAAAAAGGCGAUUUAUCUCUAUUGUUGGAGUUAGAUUAUGGUGCAUGUAU